CCGCCGGCGACGAAGAGGGGCCCCCGGACGGCGGGGCGAAGACAGAGAAGCGACGACGAAGGAGAAAGGUUGAAGCGCGAAGAAGAGGAGGUGUCAGUCGCUGUUUCUCGGCCUGUGGCACGGCACGUGCGCGCACCGGGUCCUCGUGACUCGGAAGAAGGGUUCGUUGCGGCGGAAGGAACGAAGAAGGAGAAGAAGAGGAAGCGUGCGAAGCGGAAAGUGGCGGCAGUGCGCCGCGAACCGUCAACCGGGACGUGCGUCGGAGCCCAGACCAGGCCGCACCCGGUCCUCGUGUUUUCAUGCGUUCUGCCACCACGUGGCCAGCGUUCACAACCCUCCACCGCCAGUUUCUUCGAUCAGGCUGCUGCUGUCACCAGCUGGACGAUCUCGCGCGAGCGCGGUUUCACGAUAACGAGAAUGACCGAGCGCGGUAGUGUUUGCGAUACGUGAAGACUGUACGUUUGAAACCAGAUUCGAGCAGAUGAAAAUGAUCGAGGGGUGAUCUAGGCGUUCGAGGAUUCUACGGAGCUACCCCUGAAUUGUGUGCUUCUUGGCGACGAGGACUGCGAAGAUGAGGACGGAGAUUCAGAUCUCCGUGUGCCUGACGGCUCUGGUGUUGACGAUCGCCGCCGAGGAGAAGCCGACGAACACGGUCUCGGUGUCCGCCGGCUCGCCAGCGAUCCAAAGCAACACGAUCCAGAAGCUGAUCAAGAUCUUGGAGAGGUACGGGCUCGAGGAGCAGAGGGGCCUGAAGAGGGUCUACCUGAGCAACAGGUCGAUCACUUGCAACGACGGAUCCCAGGCGGGAUUUUACCUGCGGAAGUCGCACGGCUCGAAGAGGUGGAUCAUUUUCCUGGAAGGUGGCUGGUACUGCUACGACCACAAGAGCUGCAGGAACAGGUGGCUCAGGUUGAGGCAUCUGAUGACGUCGACUCAGUGGCCCGAGACACGCGACGUUGGCGGUCUCCUCUCGGCGAACCCCGAGGAGAAUCCAUUCUGGUGGAACGCGAAUCACGUAUUCGUCCCUUAUUGCACGAGCGACAGUUGGAGCGGGACCAGGGCUUCGCCGAACGACAUGUUUUCCUUCAUGGGGGCGGAGAUCGUAUUGCAAGUGGUGCGGGACCUCAUUCCGCUUGGUCUUGAAAACGCUAGCUCCCUUCUUUUGGCAGGCAGCAGCGCGGGUGGAACCGGUGUCAUGUUGAAUUUGGAUCACGUGCACAAUUUGGUUCGCCAUGAAUUAGGAUUGAAACACAUCGCGAUAAGGGGUGUGUCCGAUUCAGGGUGGUUUCUGGACAGAGCUCCCUACUCGCCGAACGGUUUGUCACCCGUGGAUGCAGUUCACAAGGGGAUGGAACUGUGGAAGGCCCGGAUGCCACACAAUUGCGUCUUGAAGCAUCCACACGAACCAUGGAGGUGCUAUUUCGGAUACAGGCUGUACCCAACGUUGACUGCGCCCCUGUUCGUUUUUCAAUGGCUGUUCGACGAGGCGCAGAUGUCAGCCGACAACGUGGGUGCACCGGUGACGAAGCAGCAAUGGGAUUACAUACACAAGAUGGGUGACAGCCUGCGGCAGACCUUCGAAAACGUUACCGCGGUCUUUGCCCCGAGCUGCAUUAGUCACAGCGUCCUGACGAAGAGGGAUUGGCAGUUGGUUAAAAUAGACGAAGUUUCCUUGGCACAAGCGUUGCAUUGUUGGGAACAAAUGCCAAUCGGGAAUCACCGUAACGACACUCAAUCGUCGAUCGAAACGAACCAGCCGUGCGCGAAGUCUCUCCGGAAGUUGUUGCGUUCCGGGCUGACGAAGGGAAACGGAACUUCGUCCGAGCCCGGAAGAUCCGGGAAAACCGAGUCCGCGGCGGACGUGCAGAAAGUCGCGAACACGGUCGUUAACAAGCCGAACGCGGGGAAAUCGUCAGCCUCGACGCAGGAACGAGAGAACAAGAAGAGAAAAAGGCGGAAGCACAAGGGUAGGCGAAGGGACAGGAACAAGGAGCCGAGGACGAAGAAGGAAAAACACGAGCGAAGGAAAGCAGGCCGCCGGAAGGGCAACAAGCAAAACAACGAGAGUAACCACACGGGCAUGUUCAACGGCACCAGACCUCAGCGCUCGGUGAUACCAUCUGGCAAACGGAAGUGCGUCCAGGGCUGCCACUUCCGGUUAAUCGAACGUUGCACUUGGCCGCAGUGUAAUCACAGCUGCCCGAAGCUCCACAAUCCGUUCACCGGCGAGGAGAUGGACUUCAUCGAGCUGCUGAAGAGCUUCGGUCUGGACAUGAAGAGCGUGGCGAACGCUCUGGGCAUCGACAUACAGACGUUGAACAGCAUGGACCACGACGAACUGCUCAAUCUGCUCACGCAGAGAGCCAAUUGAACCCAGACACUGUGAAACGAGGGUUGUGGACGAUCGUGGUGAUUGUUUUGGACGAUUGAAAGACAGCAGGACUUCGUUGCGAAGCAAUCAUGUGUUCUUCCAGUCUCUUGUAUUCUUUAUGGACAGACUUAGUGUAGAGUCGGCACGAACGAAGUCGAAUCAAACGAAGUACGAGUGAAGACCACGUUCGACGCGUCUCUAGACCGACUAUCGCCUUGCGUUUGGGGCAGAGAUCAACCAAAUUGAAUGUACAUAAUUUAUUAGAGAGUCUAUGCGAUACUGGGGAACUUCGUGUUUGCGAAAUGCGUCUCUUUCUCCAGGUAGACCAGUGAUUCUUAACCAUUAUGCCAUGAAUGUUUGGCAGCUGAUCUGAUAAAUUGUUUCACCUAAGAAUAUACUCAAAUCGAUGCUAAUUUUAGAUCGAAUUUUUUAUUUCACUUUCCAAGCAAUCGAUUACUACAUGCUUGUAAUAUUAAUUAUCAAAAAUGAAAAAUCUUUCUCUAAAUUGAAUGUGAGCUGGAAAGGGUUAAGAAGCAUGUAGACUAAAGAGAAAGGGAACGCGACGAGCACCCUAUCAGUUAGGCACUGUACUGUAUAUUUCAGUUGAAACGUGUAUCUUCGUUUCACCCUCGCGUGUAGCCGAGUAUUUUAAUUUAUUUUAUAGUUCGUAGCGAAAUUAAACGGGCAUGUAAUCAUGUUGUCACGACGUAAUCCAUUUUGUCAUCGCGGCUACGCGUUCGCCGUCGAUCGCUGAUCAGGCGCGAUGCUUGACUUCCGUUUUACCAAAACUUCUUCUCAUUAACAUUUGUACCUGGUCAAGUAGAGAACACCGCAGUCGCAGGAUACUUUUCAUUGGACGACGAUUCACAGCGUCGCGAAUUGUCAAGUGUGACUGGCGAUUCGCAAUGAAAAUUCGUUAGGUUUUCACAGCAAAGCGCUAUGGAAGCGUUUCAUCAAAGUAACGUCGAGAGACUGAUUAAAAGAUCUCUUCCACAGGGUUUAGAAAUUUUAUUUUUCUUUUGUUUUGCUUUCUGAACGUUUUCUUAUCCGUCGAAUGAGGUUCUAGCAACUUGACAUUCGCACUACCUUUGCAACACUGCCUUUUUUCUUUAAUGCACUGGUUUAAUACAGUUUGUUUACACUUUUACGCAUGAAACAAACAACACACAUCGUUAUAUCGGAACAGAGUUGAGCUAAAUUCGCCUCUGUAUCAGAGCCAUGGAAAUUAGUACGACGAGCGAUGCAUAAGUGUCCACUUUCAAUUAAUGAAAUUCGUACUUAAGUGGUCCUGACUGUAAACGUUCUGUAUUAACGCAGCUGACUCAAGUCAAAACACUCGACUGUGCCGCAAAAGGCUGAACGAGGCAAAUCGAGUCAAACCGAUCAGCUCUAUUCAAUAGAAACGCCGGAACAGAGCUUUGCGAAUUGACGCCACUAACGAGUAAACCAACCGACAAAGCAGCUUCAUAGACUGAUUAAAUUAUCUACCUCAACGAAUCAAAUCGUAUUAACGUCCUUCUGUGUACUAUAAACGUCGAUUAGAGAGUAACGCGGCAAGAGUAAUUAAUAUAGGUUAUCGCGCGCGUGCGUAAAAUAAUGCGUCGUUUGUAUUCUACGUGUCGAGCAAUGUAAUAUACUUGUCGGACUAAUAAUAAUAUUAUUUAUUUAACGCGACAGAAGGAAGUUCACGCAGACGGGCGGGAGACCUCAGCCGAGAUUUUUCAGAAUUUAAUUUAUUUUUUAAUGGAAAAUUGCGCACGAGAUCCCUUUCAGCGGUACUCUCUCGCGCCCGUGUAUAAACAUUGUUAAUUUUGUACCAGCGUGAAACUGUAAAUAAAUUGUAUAUCUGUUGUACUAAACAAAUUGCCGUAGCUUGGUUCAUUUCCCCUUCCAAAUCAUUUUACUUCAAUCUUAUAUAAUUAAUAAAUUUACGUCAUUCUGCUCUCAACUGAUCGGACUAAUUUCGUUAAAAAAAAUAAAUAAAAAAAGAAAAAAUCGAAAAUUAGUGAUUUGUUUCCAAAUUAGAAUUACGCGUAAUCAUUUACAAUUUGACAUUUUGAGGUUUCUUGAGGUUGUUACACUAAAUGAUUUUCGUGAAAUUAUAAAAUCCCAACCAUUAAGGUAGAACAAGAUUAGUACUUAUCUGUUAAUCCAUUUGCAUCAGAUGAAACGAUAUGGUAUAAUAGAAGAGAUAAAAUCAUGUAUGAAGUCACAUGAUAAUCACACCGACAACAUGUAUCUUCUCUUUCAUGUAAACAAUAAAAAUAACACGAAGUACUCUAAUGAUGCAACUGGGUUAAAACUAAUAACCAUCAUUUUUACAAUCUCACGAAAAAAAUGCUUCAAAAACCUCCCCAGUGACGCGAUCCACUCGAAACGUCUCCUCGAUCCCUAGAUCCUCUAGUAUACGAUCCAGAGGAGUUUUGUUGAAAAGGUCGAUCGAACACGAUCCCUGUACCGAAGUCGAGUAAACAUCGCUUAGCUCGCGAAUAACGAUAAAUCGCAUCGCCUCGUUGGCUGCACCUGUACCUAAUCAUCAUCCUGUUAGCUCUCACGGGGCACUCCCCGUCCCCCGUUGACCCACGAGCGAGGGUGAUAAUUCAAUGUAGAAUCAGAA